AUGACUACAAAUGGAGUGAAAUUUAAGAAAUAUGCUGAAAAUUUAUUAUUAGCUGGAUUAAAUUCAGUGAAUAUCAGUUUAGAUAGUUUAAAAUCAGAAAGAAUUUUAAAAUUAACAGGACAAUCUACAUUUAAACAUUCAAUGGCAGCUAUAAUUAAAGCGAUUGAAGUGGGAUUUAAAAGUGUCAAGGUUAAUUGUGUAGUUAUAAAAAAUUUCAAUGAAGAUGAAUUAUGCGAUUUUGUUGAACUGACACGGUAUUUACCUAUUGAAGUACGAUUCAUUGAAUAUAUGCCAUUUUCUGGUAACAAUUGGGAACUAUCAAAAUUAUUCUCAUAUAAACAAAUGUUAAAUAUUAUACAAAAUUCUUAUCCAAAUUUAAUUUGUUUAAAUGAAAAAUCAUUUGAUGUAACAAAACUUUUUCAAGUAUCAGGAUGGUUAGGUAAGAUUGGUUUCAUCACUUCAAUGACUGAGAAUUUUUGUGCUGGAUGUUCACGUUUACGUAUUACAGCUGAUGGAAAUCUUAAAAUUUGUUUACAUGAUAAUUAUGAAGUGAGUUUAGUGGAGAUAUUACGCAAAAAAAUGAAUUCACAUAUAAUUGAUGAUUGGUUUACUGAAAAGCCUAAUUAUAAUUUAAAACAAUCUAUGCAAUUAAAUGAAAUCUAUGAUCAACUUGAUGAGAUUGUCGAUCAAGCUUUAACUAAAAAGUCUGCUAGUCACAAAGGUGCUAUUCAACUUGCAUCAAGUGUAAAUCGUUCAAUGGUUCAAAUUGGCGGUUGA